UGUUCGUAAAAUAGGCACUGUUGAAGCGUGCCACCAGUACCAAUUUAUAAGUUCCCAAAUUGACCUACCGAGGUCGAAUCCGGCCUUCCAAUUCACACGGCAUGGCACCAGGAGUUCGGCAUAGACUGAUUAAAAAAAAAUUUCAAGUAUUUAAUCAUCAAAAUUACCUAUUAAAGAAAAGUAUUCCUACAUAUAAAUUUUGCUAAGGCUUUGUAAUGCAAAAUAAAUGAUGUUUUCGACUCUAUUGGACCAUUUCCAGCGUGAUCAAUUGGACAGAAUGUGUGCAGCUGAAACUCCGUGUCCUGACGGCCGAGUGUGCCCCCCACUCUGGUAUUGUUGUGAUGACGAUUGCUGUGCACCGUCCUCCGAAGCCCCUCCUUAUGUAGCUGGAGAUCCUUUGAAGGAGGUUUUUUCAAACUCCUGGUACUCGCAAUGGCAAGUUCUGUUUCUCCUUGGGACACUUAUUGUGAUUCUUUUGUGCUGUAUAUGGUGCCUUUUGUACCGGCGCCCCAGUGGUAUAUACAUGUGUUCUUUCGCCUGCUGCGUGCCUCGGAAUAGAUCAGACCAAGACUCAGCCGGCUCAGUGUACCCUCCUCCUCGGUACAGCCGAUGUGGGUCGAUACACCAAGCGCCGCCACCAUAUUCUGAAGUUACCUCCAAACCAGACCUCUACCCGCUCGUUAUCACGUGCGGAGAAGGAGAUGGUAAAGCUGGGGGAAGUUACCUCAUGGUGCAUUAUUUUCGGAAUUAUGUCAUACGAGCUCCAGGUUCGCUCUCAGCAACGAGUACGGCAGAUUCUCUCAAUUCAAGUUUUAUUUGCAACGCAGCGAAUGAGACUAAUUCUGUUAUACCACCUCCAUAUUCCUGCGCCAGCAAUUACGGAUGCGGACGUUCAGUCUUGCGCUCCUUAUCUUCGCUUACAGAGCCACGAAACACGCGGCGUGAUCAAGCUUUUCAAGAAAGUCUUAUAACGUCACCGGAUCCGAAUUAUGAUCUAGACUUGGAGCUUAUUGAUUGUGAUAUGUACUGCGAAGGAGGUUGCAAACCACGCCUUGGCUCGUCACCACCCCCACGUCGCGCUUCUCCUAACGCCGAUGACUCCUACUGUGAACGUGCUGCAUACUUACGACACCUGUUCCUUAACUCCCCUGAUACGCCAGGAGGAUGUGAAUCACCACCUCAACCCACAAGCCCAACGCAAUCCAGGGAAUCCACGCUUCGUAGACAAAUUGAUGAAAGAUGCCAAAGACGUCAUGAUUUGUUUAGAAAAACAGCAAAAUCAAGAAAAUCGAGCUUAUAUAUUCCAUUAUCAAAAAUUCCCCCGGGCACCAGAAAGUUAUUAACAAGGUCAGCUCCAGCUACACCUAGUGGAGCUCUUGUACCCAAUUUACUCAAUUUUACACAACGUGUGUCAGCUUCAAGACACAGCUCGAAAUCGUCAAGAUUGGAAGAGGAAAAUGAUCCCUUAUUAGUCGACGGGGAACCUGCGCGAACGGAUCAUAAGUUCUAGGAAUGCCAAACCAUUAAAAACGGAGUUUAAUAAUUAUACUAAUUUUGAAAUAGUUGUUUAUGACUGUACCCAACGACUUCAUGGCCUACUCUAAAAAUCCCCCAGCAGUAAAUGUCAUCUGACGAUCAUCUGUAAAUCGAUGUUGUGAUUGUAUAAUACGUGCUCACUUCGAGAGGAAGACCUAGUUAGUUAAAUGUUAUUCAAUUAUAUUGCUUAGAUUUAAGUAAAUGAGUUUGUUGGACCAUUGUUCACUUGCUCAGUUUUAAUAUAAUAAAGUCAAUUUAUGCCGCU